AUGUGUGCCUUCGCCGCCUUCGGUGGUAUCUUCUUCGGUUACGACUCCGGUUACAUCAACGGUGUCCUCGGCUCCCAGAUCUUCAUCGAUAACGUCGAGCACCCCGGUGCCGCGUCUCUGUCCUCCUCCAACACCUCGCUCGUCGUCUCCAUCCUGUCCGCCGGUACCUUCUUCGGUGCCGUCAUUGCCGGUGAUGUCGCCGACUGGAUCGGCCGCAAGUGGACCGUCAUUCUCGGCUGCUUCAUCUACAUGCUCGGUGUCGUGAUCCAGAUGAUUACUGGUCACGGUGAUGCCCUCGCUGCCAUUGUCACCGGCCGUCUCGUUGCUGGUCUCGGUGUCGGCUUCGAGUCUGCCAUUGUCAUUCUCUACAUGUCCGAAAUUUGCCCCCGCAAGGUCCGCGGCGCCCUCGUUGCCGGCUACCAAUUCUGCAUCACCAUCGGCAUCAUGCUGGCCUCUAUUGUCGUCUAUGCCACCAAGGAGCGCAACGACACUGGUGCCUACCGCAUCCCCAUCGCCAUCCAGUUCCCCUGGGCCCUGAUCCUCGGUGGUGGCCUCAUGCUCCUCCCCGACUCGCCCCGUUACUUCGUCAAGAAGGGCAACCUGGCCGCUGCCACCGAGUCUCUGUCCCGCGUUCGUGGCCAGCCCGCCGAGAGCGACUACAUCCAGAUGGAGCUCGCUGAGAUCGUCGCCAACGAGGAGUACGAGCGUGCCCUCAUCCCCUCCACCACCUGGUUCGGCAGCUGGGCCAACUGCUUCCGCGGCUCCGUCUUCAAGUCCAACUCCAACCUGCGCAAGACCAUCCUCGGUACUUCUCUGCAGAUGAUGCAGCAGUGGACUGGUGUCAACUUCAUCUUCUACUACUCCACCCCCUUCCUCCGCUCCACUGGCGCCGUCAAGGACGAGUUCCUCAUGUCGCUCGUCUUCACCCUUGUCAACGUCCUGUCCACUCCUCUGUCCUUCUGGACCGUCGAGCGCUUCGGCCGCCGCUUCAUCCUCAUUGUCGGUGCCUUCGGCAUGCUUGUCAGCCAGUUCAUCGUUGCCAUCAUUGGUGUCACGAUCGGCUUUAACCACACCCACCCUGACCCCAACGACGCCGAGAAGAGCAUCGCCGACAACAUCCCCGCUGUCAACUCCCAGAUCGCCUUCAUUGCCAUUUCCAUCUUCUUCUUCGCCUCCACCUGGGGUCCCGGUGCCUGGAUUCUCAUCGGCGAGAUCUUCCCCCUGCCUAUCCGCUCUCGUGGUGUUGCUCUGUCCACUGCUUCCAACUGGCUGUGGAACACUGUCAUCGCUGUCAUCACCCCCUACAUGGUCGGCGAGGACUACGGUAACAUGAAGUCCUCCGUCUUCUUCGUCUGGGGUUCUCUCUGCACCGCUGCCUUCAUCUACUCGUACUUCUUCGUCCCCGAGACCAAGGGUCUGUCUCUCGAGCAGGUUGACCGCAUGAUGGAGGAGACGACUCCCCGCACUUCCGCUAAGUGGACCCCCCACCAGACCUUCGCUGGCGCCCGCUCCCACGGCGGUGUCCUUGACAAGAGCGAGGCCGUGUAA